CGAACUCUAGCUACUAAACAACAACUACUACCGAUUCCCUCCGCACGUAUAGUCAGUCCUGCUAUAAUGAACUCUAGGGCACAGGUUAUGGAGAUCGAUGCCCAGUUGUGCCAGCUCCUGGGCACUCUCUCGCUUACAGGGCAAGCGCGGAAAGCUACCUAUGCAAGCGAAGAGCAGCCACAGAGAUCACAAAUAGGGUUCGCCGGAGACGCAGUCAUAUCCGACUACUCAAACAGCGAGGACUCGACCUGUCAGCCAAGUCUCUCCAGGUUCGCAAACGUAAGCGCGCCUCUGCCUCCGCCGCCGAACUGCGGCUGCGCGUACCUGCAGGCCGUCCACGAGCAAAUCCGCUCGGGAAAGUAUGGGACCACGAGCGGCGACUACCUGGAGACGAUCUUCACGCAUCGCGAUGCGUUAUUCGCGUUCCCGCAGGGUCAUCGAAGCUGUGCGGCAGGUUUCACGGAGCUCGCGCGGGACCUGGAGCAGCGGGACAGCCGAGGACAGGACCAGAGCGUCAAUGGGGGAUGGCGACCGGAUUGGGAUGGCGAUCAUGAGGCGGUGGUCGCAUUCAGGCAUGAGGCAUGGGUGAUUGCGAACUCGUUGUGAGUGCUAUCUGUCGCACACCAGGCAUUUUCCUUCGCUAUCAGUAUUGGUGUUGGGGUAAAUAGGAGAGCUAUGCCAUUCACUUUGUAGCCAGGUCGUUGGUGUCAACCGUGCAUACGCAUGGACUGGCAACGUCUACCGUAUGUUUCCAGAACU